CAUAUAAAAUCCGAGACCAACAAUCUUAAAACUAGUGCCAUCAAAGGGAACAUCUAAGAGCAAAAAUAACACCGUGAAACAACUGUGAGAAAAUCUCCAAAACUGAUUUCUGAAAGAGACUGCAUAUAAGGCAGACAACAGUUUGUGGUCAAAAUGUGGUUGCUGAUCACAUUAAUAAUGACGUGUUCACUUAAUGAAGUUGUUGAGUCAUCUAAACAAGAAUAUUUCCCAUGGAUAACAAAUGUCAUUGAAUCAGUAAAAUACAGUAAACAACAUGAUGUUCCUUGCCUGGCUAAGGGCAGUAAUGGGAAUGAAUACAGAGGAACUGUCUCUGUAACAUCCGAUGGAGAGAAAUGUCUCUACUGGGAUCGAACCCAGUAUAUAGGAAGGAGAGCUGUUUCCCAAGGACUUGGAAAACACAAUUACUGCAGAAAUCCAGAUAACAGUCAUAGACCAUGGUGUUGGGUUAGGGGACACAAACAGAAAGUUCAAAAAUUCUGUAAUAUUCCACAGUGUGAAGCAAAGACAGAUACCCUAAAUCAGGACACUGAAUUGACUUGUGGUCAACAAAUCCAAAAACCGAAAUUUAAGAUUAUAGGUGGAUCAAGAACUAAAAUCGAGUCUCAGCCUUGGUUGGCGUCUAUCUUUAAAGAUAAACUGUUUAUUUGUGGAGGCACCCUCAUCGCACCCUGUUGGGUCGUCAGCGCAGCCCACUGCUUCCCUCUUGGCAAAAGAACAAGAAAGCAGGAAUAUUCUGUCUAUUUGGGAAAGGAUGCCACCAAUGAAAUUAAUCCAGGAAAAGAGCAGAAGUUUAAAAUAGCCAAACUUGUGCUUCAUCAGGAGUUUAACAGCGAGGAUUUUAACAAUGACAUAGCUCUGUUGCAGAUUGUGGACAUCAAUGGACAGUGUGCACAGAAGACUGACUCAGUGAGAAUAGCAUGUCUUCCCCCAAUUUACCAAAUGAUGCCCUAUGGAUCUUACUGCCACAUUGCAGGCUAUGGUCAUGAGAGGAAUGUUGACAUUCCUGGUACCUUCAGAUAUUCCCACGACAUAAAGGAAGCUAAGGUUCAGAUUCUCUCCAAAACUGUUUGCCAGAUGAAGGAUUACUAUGGAAACAAUGUCACUGAAAACCAGUUCUGUGCGGCUAGUCCAAAGUGGACAGAGGAUGCUUGUCAGGGAGACUCAGGAGGUCCUCUGUUGUGUGAAGCGAAUGGCCGGGCGUUUCUCUUUGGGGUCAUCAGCUGGGGUGAUGGAUGUGCCAAAAAAAAUAAACCAGGUGUCUACACAAAAGUCACUAACUACAACAAGUGGAUUGCAGAACAAACAGGACUGUCUACCUAUACUGCAGGAAUUAUGUACCCACAGAAGGAUUAGCUGUGUUAAGCACCUUUAAGCUUUACAUAUUCUGCUUUUUAACUCGGAGUGUGACAUUCUGGUGGCCUUAAUAGAAAACAUGCCAAUCUGGCAUUAUCACUGUCACUGUAUAAACUUAUUGUUGUCAAUUAGUAUUAACAAGUAUUAGUAUUGACUAAAUCAUUACAUGAUAAGCAUAAAUAGGAUUUUUAUUAAUUACUGUGGCCACCAGGAGCAAUGAUAAAGCACUUUUUACAUUUGACAAAAACGGUAUAGUCCUUGAACCGUUUGCAGCAUGUUUCUGAAAUAUCUAUUCUAUUUAUAUUUAUAUAAUUUAUAAUCUAAUUUAUUUACUAUAAAUAUUCUGUUUGUAAAUUAAUCUCAAAGCAGUACUACUGCAUGUGGCACCAAAGAUCAUAGGAAAGAAUUUAAUUUAAUAAUAUUCCAUCAGUUGAUGUUUUAAUGCAUACCUUUUAUGUAAGGUACAUAGUCAUUAUUUAAUGAAGAAUCUCAAAUGAAAUGUAACUUAAUCCAGUGAAAAAAUACCAGUGCUUUUUCUUUUUUCCUCGUUUAUACUGAAAUCUUUGUAUUGUAC